AUGAAGUCAUCUAUCCUUAUCAGCAUGGCCAUGGCCCUGUUGCCGCUCUCAAUGGCAAUGCCUACCACCACGCUACCAACAACUCCGCUCAAUCCACUGCUUGACCCGCGUCAGGCCUCUUGCACCGAUCUUACGUGUCGUCGGGACACGGACUGUUACGGCAACCGGUGCGGAGACUGCGAUCUGAACAUUGGAAAGUGCACUUGUCCUCCGGAGGCAAACGGCGGGCCAUGCUGA